GUGCGACGUCCAGUGCUAAGUCGCGCCAGUGACGCAUUUGGAUCUAGAGGAUGGCGGAGCAAGAGGUGUUACGCGUGGUGCCCAGCGACUUGUUCCCUCUUGUGCUCGGUUUCCUGCGAGACAACCAGUUUCCGGAGGCGGCAAGCAAAUUCGCUAAAGCUACAGGAACCGCCCAACAGGACCCCAACGCCACUUCCCUUUUGGACAUCUAUAGUUUCUGGCUCAAUAGGUCUUCCAAAACUCGGAAGCGGAAGUUGCAGGCUAACGGACCAGUGGCAAAGAAAGCUAAGAAAUCCACUGCUUCUGGUGACAGCAAUCAAAAAGGAGAGGCCAAACAGCCUCCAGCCAAGAAACUAGCCACCAAGCCUCUUGGUACAUCCCCUCAGCCUGGGAAAUCAACCAUUCCUGCCAAAGCAGCAGAGAGUAGUAGUAGCGAUGAGGACUCCAGUGAGGAAGAAGACAAUGAAAGCCAGAAGAAAUCUGCCCAGAAGGGAUCCAAGCCCCCAGCCAAGGCAGCCAAACCUUCCCCCAAGGCUGCUCAGCCUAAGAAAGCUGACAGCUCCAGCUCUGACUCUGAUUCUGACUCCGAUUCUGACUCUGACUCCGACUCCGACUCCAGCUCAGAGGAUGAAGCUACCAAGAAACAGAAACCAAAGACUCCAGUUAAGACCCCAGUUAAGACUUCAGUCAAGACCCCAGUCAAAGCCACAGCUAAGACUCCAGUUAAGACCCCUGCUAAGCCAGGCACAACUGCCCAGGUCACCUCCAAAUUAGCCAAUGGCAAAGCUGGUGAAAGCAGCAGCAGCAGCAGUAGCAGCAGUGACUCAGAAGAGGAGGCAGCGGCUCCACCCAAAAAGGCUGUACUGAAGAAGCCAACUCCAUCUAAGACCCCUGUCAAAGCUGCCCAGAAGAGUUCCAGCAGUGAAGAUUCCUCCAGUGAGGAUGAAGAGGAAGAGAAACAGAAGAAAAAACCUGUCAAGGCCAAGCAGGGUCAGUACAGUUCCGUUCCCCCACCCCCUUGCACCCAGCCAAAGAAGGUAGGAGGGGACCAGCCACCCAAGAAGAAGGUGGGAGGGGACCAGCCACCCAAGAAGAAGGUGGGAGGGGACCAACCACCCAAGAAGAAGGUAGCAGGUGACCAGCUUCCCAAGAAGAAGGUGGCAGGUGACCAGCCCCCCAAGAAGAAGGAGGAAAGCAGUGACUCUUCUGAUAGCAGUGAGGACAGCAGUGAUGAAGAGGCAGCCGCAGCUAAAUCAGGAGGGGCCAAAGCUGCCACACCUAAGCCUGCAUCAGCCAAGGCCUCAUCAGUCAAGACUACAACAAACAAGGCCACAGAAGAGGAGUCCAGUUCAGACAGUGACUCAGAUUCCAGCUCAGAAGAGGAAGAGAAGAAGCCUUCUCAAAAGGCAGCCCCCAAACCUGUUGCUGUUAAGACAGCUCCCAAGCCACCUCCCAAGCCAGCUGUGACUACAAAGGCUGCUGAGAACUCUUCAGACAGCUCAGACUCAGACAGCUCUGAGGAUGAAGCACCAGCCAAGCCAGCCACCAAUCAAAAGCCUCUGCCCAGGAAAGCAGAUAGCAGCUCUAGUGAAGAGGAAAGCAGUUCUAGUGAGGAAGAGAAGAAGCCAGGGACAAAGACUGCAGUAAUUGUCCCCAAACCCAAGGUGGGGGCCAAGGGAACACCAUCUCCAGGGCCCAAAGCAGCCACCCAGGACAGCAGUUCAGACUCUGACAGCUCCAGCAGUGAAGAGGAGGAACCAGCAAGUAAAGUGAAUAAGUCCAAGGUGGGAACUACAGCUGUUCCUAAGCCUGCCUUGGCAAAAAAAUCUAAGGCCGAGAGUAGUUCGUCUUCUGACAGCUCCAGUGAAGAGGAGGAAAAACCAAAACCUAAAAAGAGCCCUGGCUUGGUGGCCAAUGGGUCUUGCCCAGCAGCACACCAGAAUGGGAAGACUUGUGCACGCAAGGAGGAGGAAGAGGAGGAAGAGGCAGCAGCCAAGCCAGGCUCUGGGAAGAAGAGGAAAAAGGAUGCUAGCCCUGGCCAAGAGGCCACUCCCCCUAAGGUGAAGAAACAAAAGCCUCAGACCCCAAAUACUGUUCCCAAAACAAAAAAGGGAGAGAGAAGGGCUUCCUCCCCUUUCAGGAGAGUUAAAUCAGAAGAAGUUGAGGUCGACUCUCGAGUGGCUGACAACUCCUUUGAUGCCAAGCGGGGCGCAGCUGGAGAUUGGGGAGAGAAAGCCAAUGAGGUCCUGAAGUUCACCAAAGGCAAGUCCUUUCGACAUGAGAAGACCAAGAAGAAGAGGGGCAGCUACCGGGGUGGUUCUAUCUCCACCCAAGUCAACUCUGUGAAGUUUGAAAGUGACUGAGUAGAGAGAUCUUGACUCUGAAACCUGGGAUGCAGUGCCCAGCACCCAGUUCUGUUUAUGGAGUUGGGUAGCUGGAGUUAGGGACUGCUCCCUCAGCCAUAGUCAGCACUUGGCCAUGGACAGGUUUUUAAUGAGGAUCCUUUGGGGAAUGGGUGGGUGGUGGGGUAAGAAAGUAAGUGCACGUUGUUUGGGAAGUGUGCUGCUUGGUGGUUGUCCCCUUAAUCCUCUGAAAUCCAAAUACAACUCAGCCUCACUUGAGAAGUUGCUAAAAGGUUGUACAUGAAGCAAAAAUUUGUAAUUUUAUAUUGAGUCAUUUUAUUUUCCUAUUGACUAAUAUUAUAACUUGCCAGAGAUGCACUCCCACAGGUAACAUUUUGACCCCAUAGACUUUGGUAAAAGAACAUUUCACAGCCCUUAAUAUUUUGGACUGUAUCUUAGGAGAAUUUCACCUCCAAGUUAGCUAUAGAGAGGUGAGUUUCUCCACAAAAUUCGUUAUAACCAUCAACAUAGUCUGAGAGGGUACAGUUACCUGCACCAUCAAAAUCAUAGUUUUGAAAACUUUGGAGUUUUGAAAUAAUAUUCAUCUCAAGUAAGAGGCUACUUGUCAGUUCACUCAUUCGGUAUGUUUAUAAUCCCCUGCAAGCUUCAUAGAGAGCCAGCAAAUAAGCAACUGACAGUAACACUCCCAGGUUCACUUAUUUCAUUAAGCGUUCUGACCAUCCCCAUUUUACAAGAUCUUCUGUUUAGAUGCGGGGAGGGACCUCAGAGGUCCUCUAGUCCAAACCUCUGCCUCUCCUUUCACAGGUGAAGGGAUGGAGGCUCACAGAGCCAAAGGUCAUCUAGAUAAUAAAUGUUGAGCCAGUAAUUGGACCCAGUUCCUCUUACUCCAAUCGACUGUACUGUUCUACCUCCCAUUUCUUCAAAAAUUCAGCCAAACUCAUUGGCCAGAAGAGCCCUGUGGAUGUACUCCUUUGAACAUAGUUUGGUUGGUGGUUUGAUCAUGGUGAUGAACUUAAAAGGCCUUUUCUUUACCCUGGAAUAUCGUGUUAAACCGUUUUUUGAGAGAGUCAGCAUGUAGAUUGGGGGAGCCCACAUGCCUUGAUAAUCUUGCUGUCACUUAAUGUCCCCUUCGUAUCACAUUGGUCAAAUGUUCAUUGUGGUCCUGUGAUUUCUUGGCAUCCCCAGACUGUUCACCCUAUUCUUAAGAGUUGCGUAGCCACCUUGUAAAUACAGCCAAACCUUCAAAAAAUCACAUUAAUUUCAUUCAGAAAAGAAAUUAUGUAACUGUUUGGUAGGGAGGAGAAGGCACAAGACCUUUGUAAUCAUUGUCCUAAGAAUGUAAAAUUUUUGCAGGUUUUUUUGGGGGGUGGGGUGGGGAGAAUUUUCGGUAGAAGAUUCCAUAAUUGUCCUUAAUAGAUUUUAGAUCUCUGUAGUGAAGUGAGUAGGUACAUGCUAGUAGGGGUGUGGGAGGUAAGUUAUUGAAGUUCUUUCUGUAUUCAGGUCAAUUGAUGUUGGUGGAAAUGGGGAGCAGUUCAGCAGAAUGUUAUUUUUGUUGCCUCCACAAUUGUCUGUGAUAAUCCAGUACUUGGUCUUUGCCUUUGAGUAGAUAAUAAUUAUUUGUAAUUAUCACUCUAAUUAUGUAUGUACAGCCAGCAUUUGCUGAAGUAUGUUUGAAAAACCAUUCUUAAUGAACUAAACCCUCCUUUCUGUCUUGUUUCACUGUUUUCUAAGUAAGCAGGCCCUUUUUUUCCAUAGCUAAUGUUGAGCUUCCAUCCUAACUGCAGUUAAUGUGUUAAUCACAAAUGAUUCUUAUCUGCUCAAUAAAAAAGAUUUCCUGAGAUAA